AUGGGUCCCCGGAGACCAACUGUGCGCUCCACAAGCAAGCCGAGGGCUGUCAAGACGGGUGGCAUACGCAAAUCUCGCUUCACAGUUUCGCCUCAUAAUCCUGUCCCACGAAAACCCUUGGAAGACGUUCAUGGACAUCCUCCCGCAUGGGCAGAGGUUCGUAUACUCUCUGAUGAUCCUAAUUGGACCCUCACUGACUCAAUCUUAAGUGCCGUCCAGAGCUAUGUGAUGCUCUUCCGUGGUUCCGAGCCGUUCAAGGCGGUUCUUAUCAUUGCGAUCAUCUCUGCUGGGGCUUUCUCCUCGACGCUGACUGCGGCAUCCGGUCUUAUAUUGAUGAGGAGGUUGUCAUCACCAGAGUGUAAGUGGCUCUCCCAAUGUGAAAUCUUGACGGGUCUGUAUCUGAAAAUUGUAGAGGAGGUGGCUGUGCCAAAGAUUCAGAGGGCAAUCUCAUCCUCGUGA